AUGAACUUGUGGGCUGUAUUAAUCGUCUGGUUGAGUCUCAACAUACUAAGAGAUAGAAACUGUGGAUUUAGAGCGACUGCUGUUUGCAUUGGUCGUCAUCAAGAUGAUUGGCGUCAAAUUCGUACGGAUUUAUUGGAUGAGUUAUCUUUGCAUAAUGCAAGAUACACUGCAAUUUUUAACAAAGAAGGCGUACAAUCACUUCAGUACAUGUUGAAUCACUUUGAAGGAGGAUUUGCAGAUCCAUCAUAUUGGAUGAUUAUGCCAGACACUGGGCUACUCAUUGCUUCAAGGUAUAAUGUGGUGGUUGUUUUUUUGAGCAAAGAAGGAGAUACAACGUGCUUACCGCUUUUUACUAGCCCACCAAGUUCACAACCACUUGAUAUUUGUGUAAUUGGACGCUUCAAUGGUAAUCAUUUCGUGAGACUGGUGUUACAAGGAGAUUUUUCGGUACCUUCUACGCAUCCACAAUGGUCUAGUCACGCAUUUGAUCGGGCAUGGGAAAAAUCCGCUUUUGCAUAG